AUGUCGACUACCCAGGCAAAUGGUCGUGCGAUCUCUGACAAAGUCAAAGGCGAGGACAUACAUACUACAACACAAUAUACCAUCGGGUGGAUAUGCGCUCUGCCGAUCGAGCUGGCGGCAGCUGUCAAGAUGCUCGAUGAAGAACAUCCACGUCUACCACAGGACCCCAAGGAUGAUAAUUCUUACAGAUUUGGGCGAAUCGGGAACCACAAUAUCGUCAUCGGCUGUCUGCCACACGGCAGAUUCGGCCUCGUAUCUGCAGCUAGUGUCGCUCUACAGAUGAAAAUCAGCUUCGACAACCUCCGCAUAGGAUUGAUGGUUGGCAUAGGGGGUGGAGUGCCGAGUCAGGAGACAGACAUACGACUUGGAGAUAUUGUCAUCAGCAAUCCUACUAGCCAACAUGGAAGUGUAGUUCAAUACGACCUUGGCAAAACUCGUCUCAACGGGGUAGUAGAGCGAAUUGGCUCUCUGAACUCCCCGCCCAACGCAAUCCUCCAUGUUGUCACUGAGAUGAUCGCCGCGCAAGAGUUAGGCGAGCUUCGAAUCAACACUUACCUCUCGAGACUUGCUGAACAGCUACCUGCAUAUGCAUUCCCGUCAAAACUUACAGACUGCUUGUACCAGCCACAUCAUACACACAAGAGUGGGAAAGGUUGCUUAGAGUGUGGUGGCGCGGAGAACCAAGUGCUACGCGAAGAUAGAGACGACGACACUCCUGUUAUCCAUUAUGGUACCAUUGCGUCGGGAAAUCAGGUUAUGAAAGACGCGUUUACCCGCGAUAAGCUUAGCCACGAGCUUGGAGGAGUGCUUUGCUACGAGAUGGAGGCCGCUGGCUUAAUGAAUAACUUCCCUUGCCUAGUGAUCCGUGGGAUAUCAGAUUACUCUGACACCCAUAAGAAUGAUGGCUGGCGGCGUUACGCGGCAGCUGUAGCCGCAGCAUACGCAAAAGAUCUGCUCGGUCAUCUCGCUUCUGCCAAAGUGGCCCAAACAGAAACACUCGAUCAACUUAUGGGGGAUUUGUCCAAAGGCAUGGCUAGGAAUCAGACUCUCAUCGAAGAAGUGGGAAGUAGGCUGGACAGUACGUACUGA